AUGCUCAAAUUUAUCGCUUUGGGGUUAUCACUUUUGCUCUGCCAAAUUCAAGGUAAAACAAGCUGGGGAAGCUGCAAACCAUUCAACGUUGUUGCUAAUUUCGACGCAAGUUAAUAUGUGGGCAAAUGGUAUGAGAUUUAUAGAGACAAAGAUUUGCCAUUUGAGAAAGAUGAUACUUGCGUGACAGCAACAUAUGGAGCGAUCUCAUCUAAUUAAAUAUCAGUGCUAAAUUAUGCUGUUGGAUCAAAUGGAAAAGCAAAAUCUAUUGAUGGAAGAGCAACUUGUUAAGGAGCAUAAUGCAAGGUCAAGUUUGAUUGGUAUAUCCCAAAAGGAUCUUACAACGUUGUUGACACAGAUUACACUAACUAUGCUAUUGUAUAUUCUUGCACUAAUUUCUUCUUUGGAUUGUUCAAAGUUUAAUAUGCCUGGAUUCUAGGAAGGUCAUAAACCCUUGCUACAGAAACAACUCAGAUCGCUUCUCUUGGCUCUAUAGCACCAUCUUAUAGCACAGACAACCUAAUGAAGACAACUCAAGGUGGUUCUUGCUUUUACUGA